AAAUAGUAGCCGGCGUGUCUUCAUAAAUCACCACGAAGAAUCCAAUAGAACUAUUCACAAAAAGCCCAAGAUUCUCGGAAUCUCUCCGUAAUAACAAAAAUCAAAGCUCCUCUCUCUCUCCUCACUCCUCCCUAUGGCUUCAGUGGCGCGUGUGAUCCACUGCCAACUGGGUUCCCAGAAGCCCGCAGUCGUCAGUCAAGAACAGCAGCCGGUGGGUCCGGUUCAGAUCCAGAGACUCAAAGUGGGAGAAGCUGAGAACGGGAACAAUAAGAUCGUUUUGCAGCCGCGUGUGUGCACGUUGAGAUCGUACGGUUCGGAUAAAGCGGGAGUGAUGAAGAUGAAAAAGGACGGUGGAGAUGAAGUUUCGCCGUUUUUCGAAACGUUGUCGGAUUAUAUUGAGAGCUCGAAGAAGAGUCAGGACUUUGAGAUCAUCUCCGGCCGCCUCGCGAUGAUUGUAUUUGUAGCAACAGUGACAGAAGAGGCAGUGACUGGGAAUUCCUUGUUCGGAAAGAUAGAUGUUCAAAGGAUUGCAGAAGCAGGAGGAGUGUGUUUGGGAGCUAUAACAUUUGCUGCCAUUUUUGCCUGGUUCUCGAGCGCUCGAAAUCGAGUAGGUCGGAUCUUUUCUCUAAGCUGCAACACUUUCAUUGAUUCACUAAUCGACCAGAUUGUUGAUGGUUUGUUUUACGAGAACGAGAUCAAUGAUUGGUCGGAUGACAUUUGAAACCCUAAUAUAACAUUAAAAAUUAUCUAAUUAAUCAACUAUGUAUAUAUAUAGAAAGAUAUGGGUUUCCCAUUUUGAAGGUUGUCUGUAAUAUAUAGUAUUGAUACCAUACACAUACCUAUUGCUAGUGUUGUUGGUCUGCUUAACCAGUAAGAUCUCUUGUAAGUGUAUCAGAAGGUUUUAAGUUCAAGUGAAAUGAGCUUACAUCAAGAUUGGGAAGGUUUUGGGUUCGAGUAAGAUGAUGCUUAUGUUAAGGUUAGGGAGAUUUUGAGUUGUAUUUGGGAAAUCGGGUUAGGCGUUAAGGAAAAAAAAAAAUUAUCUAUAUGAGAUUAUAUAGUUAUAUACUUUGUUAUGAACUCUUAAUGCUUGCAAUUCAGAUUAAUUAUUUACUACAAUGAGGAACUCUUACCUUAUGUAAAGUUGCCAGAGUAAGAUUAACAUCUGGGUUUGAAAUCUAAUUUUGGUUGGUUUGGCAAUGAUAUAUA